CUGUUCCACUUACUCAGAAAAAAGGAUUAUACCGAAGAUAUUAUCACCAGCAGAUACCUGUAUCUUAUUUCUUCAAAUUUUGUUAGGCCUCCUCCUGUUCCCUGCGACGUGUUGAUUGAUAAGGCAUUCUCGCUUCUGAUAGGCUCGCGCCUGGUGAUUGGCAGCCGGGAGUCCCGCCCCUCGCUGUGUGCACGUGUAUCGGGUCUGUGCUGCUAUGAGAGCCCGAGCAUCAGAGAGUGGAGUGGAAACAGGAAGAGGAGGCAAGGGGAAGAAAGGAGACGGAGAGGAUCGGGUGAGACAAGGUGGAAAGGAGUGAAAGGGAGGAAAAGGGGAGCAGAGGGCUGCGUGGACCAAAGACUAUUAAAAAAAACAAAAACUGGAGCUCAGCUAUUUAAAGCGAUCCGAGACCGCCUGCACGGGUCUGCUGUCCUGCUAUUCCUGACUGAUAGCGCUUCACUGAAAGACCGCCUCUCGCUCUCAGGUGUGAAGUGGAGAACCUCCCUAAAACAGACCAAGACUGGCUGCAUGUAUCACUCAGCAGAGCUCUACUCUGGCCGUAACGCAUGGGACUCCUAUCCGAUUGGAGGACCUAACAGAGGACAAUGGGCGCCUGUAAACGCUCGUCCAUGGAGCCACGCACAAAGAUGCCAGGAGGGGCGCAAUCAGUCACAUCAUUCACUGUCAAACCGUCUUUAUAACAGAGGGGACAGGGCGGUCCACCAUGUGCAGGACAAGGGCAUCUCGAAGGGACACCGACAGCUGCCACCGAGAGUUUGGGAAGGCAAAGAGCGGCCGUUCGAGGCCCAGAACUGGCACCACGGCUCCACGCGCUCCUUCAAUCACCCGGCCGGCGCCAACAGCAGAUACCCGCCAGGACCCGGACAGCGAUAUGCAGGCUUAGACGGCAAUGGGGAUCCUCGACUGAACCGCAACACCAGGGACCUGCCGCCCCCACCGGACAGAUGGGCGCCCUCGGACUGCCGCAGGAGCUUUCCCACCAGAUUGGCAAACGACAGAGAGGGACCCUGGAAAAGGCCGGCCUUCCACCAGCGGCGAGAGCAGCUGCACCAGCACAGCCCUCCCCCACAGCACCACCUAGCUCCGAGGGACGUGUGCCCUGCCAAAAGGAGAAGGGACUCAGCACCUGAUCAGCCAUCUCAUCCCGGAUCAAGGCAUUUACCUCUACCUGCCCCAUCACCACCUCGCCACCAUCGCUGCCCCCAAGACGACUGGGCAGGCCCCUGCCACCACUCUGACCACAGGACCUCAACCACACAGCAACUGGAAACCUCUAAACUGCGCGCUGGAGGCCAUGGCUUUGGGAACUUGGACGCUCCAAACCAGAGCUGCGGCGGGAGAGCACCGCACCACAGCAACAGGGGGAGGGUGGAACGCAGGAUCUCGGCUUCACCAGCAGACCACACCCGUGUGCCUUACAGCCAGCAAAACCACCAUUACCACCAUCAGCGGCACACAAGCCACCCCAGAACCCCACAGCACAACGCCCCAUCAGGCCCUCCGGAGGAGAAAGACUCGCGGAGCCAUCACCACAAACAAAGCACAGAAACUGAGUGCACUCAUCUUAGAGGGGCUUCGAGGGAUUCGGCCCUCUGCAAGAAUCCUGCUGCAGACCCUCCUCCCUUUUCAUCCCUGCUCAGUCCUAAAGAUGGAGGGUCCACGUCCAGCAGUCCAGGUUCUCCCUCUAGUCCGUCUCCAGGCUCUGCGACCAGCGGCAAGAAAGAUUCAGCAGACGGGAAACAAUCUGGUCCCGCUCCCAGCGAACAGCAGCAGAAAUUCCUAGCGAGCCCCGGUCACGGCCAGAGACCGAGCCUGGCAUCCGCCCCGUCACCUAAACCUCACACCGGUUCAAAAGCCAGGCUCUCAGAUGCCAAACACAGGAAGAGCUCCCUCUGUUCCCAGCGGGGCCCUCUCGCCAAGUCAAGAGCAAACAAGCCCGAGGAGGAGCCGGAGGACGACAAAAAGCCUGAGUACAAACAAAAAGAUAAGCUUUUGAAAAGAGAGAGGAAAAACGAUGCGGAAAAAGCAAAUAGAAAGGGAGAAGAUCGGAAAAGGCGGAAGAAAAAAGAGGAGAGAAGGCCGGGGGAGAAGAAAAGAAGGAGAGAGAAGAUGACGAAGAAGGAAAAAAAAGUAGGCUCGAAAAUCAAGAUCACACAAAGUGAAGUGUUUUCCUCCCUCUAUGUUUCCUCCUCUGCGGGAGAAGCUAAACUGGAGGCUGCGUCCUCUUCCCCGGACACUCAGGACCGGACACCCCCCAAACACAAGCACAGGCAGCGGACUGAGAAAGCAGGGAGGACAUCACACAUAGCGCCCACAGAAAGCUGCACCUCCCAGCCUCCGUCCUCAGAGAGGCAGAAAACGCCCGGCAGCCCCACAGAGCCCCCGGUCAAGAAGCGGCUCACACAAUCCCCCCCGGUCAGCAUCAGCCGGGCCGGCCGCGGCAACUCCCGCCCAGAAAGUGGACCAAAAACCACGCCGGACGACACCUUCCCCUCGCUGGUGCGUAAGGCCUUAGCACCUCUCAGCAGCGCCUGCCCCAGUGGCGGGCCCGUGCAAAGGAAAGACGGCGGACAGGGGGGGGUGCUCAGCGCCCCCGACCUUCAGCCGGUGGCCACGCUGGGGAAUCCGAUGGAAACGGGCGACAACUUGGCCAACACCCCCCCCCCCCCCCCGCGGCAGGGCCCCCCCGUGUCGGACCUGGAAGACGACGAGGAAGAGCUGAGCCGACCGGUCCUCCAGCCCAGCCCCACCCAGUGCUUCUCCCCCCCGCCCGCGGACAGCGAAAGCAACGACGGCGCGGCCAAGGACCCCGCCGAGGACACGCCCGACGGCUUCCACAGCGACCCCCCCGAGGCCCGCAGCCCGCCCUGCUCAAUCAGACAAGUCGCAAAGGUGGACCCAGAGGAGGAGAUGAGCAGACAUGAAGAGACGUCCGACCUGCUUCUCAGUGAGUUUGAGAACCACAAAACAGGUCUGGACGAUGUCUUUAAGAGCCUCGCCAACUUCCUGGGCGGUCAGAGGGUCACGUGUCGAGGCGGCCCGUUUGGCGGGGGUCCUACGAGGGGCACAAAGUUCUCAUCCUGUCUCACAAUGGCCCCAGAGAUCAACUCUCAAGGUAACUCCCUGGAGUCCACUCCCACGUCAUCCUGCGAGUCCAGCAAUCAAUCGCCAACUCACACUACCUCAGAGUCCCUUCUACAGUUCCAUCAUUUGCCAUAUCUGAGGGAGCCGGACACCGACGACAAGGCGCAGGAAAAGAGGGAAGAACCCGAGGCAGACGGGAAAGCGAAACUGGAGGGGAAGGAUGCAGAGAUCCUCCUGGAGAGGGCAAACUCGUCCCUUUUGAGUGCAGAGCUGAGAGUGACCACCGCACACUCGGCCUCUUUCACCAGCGUCAUUACUGUCACUACCAAGGAAGAGAGAGGCACCAGCAAGGAAACGGAGCGCACAGCCACAAACAGGAAGAGAAAACAAAAGGCCGUGGAGGUAGGAAGAGAGGGGGAGAUCAAGAUUAAGAUAAAGAGAGAGGAAGGCAAGGUCAAAAAUAAAGUUACUGAAAUGAAGAAUUUUGGGGAGAUGCCAGUCAUCCAUAGAAGUUCCUCCAGACCCCUCACAGACAGUAUUAAGGGCCAGGUUCCUCAGGAAAAUCCAACCCCACACGGAAAAGACAUCAAGAGGGAAAAACCGGUCAGUGGGAAUGCAGAUGUAAAGGUGGCGACAAACAAGAGGCCGGAGACAGAAAAUAAGUGGAGCUCAGAGACAGACGGCUCCAAGUCGGUGGCCACAUCACAGCCGGGCGCCCCCACAGCUGCGGCCAAGCCGCCGGCGGACCCCCUGAAGCUCAAAGCGUUGUCCAUGGGACUGCGUAAGGAGCUGAGGAUCCUCCUGGUCAAAAUGGACAGCCCCGGAAGGCACACCUUCAACAUAUCAGAGCUGGAGGAGCAAAAGAUCCCGCUGGCCAGCAUCAGCAUCCAGAACACGGCCACCGAAGUGGUGCGGGCGUGCAGGGGGACAACCGUGAGGGGGAAGUUCAAGGAGUCGUACCUGCAUCCGGCUCUCUCUGUUAAGCCCAACAUUGCCAUCUCAACCCUGAUUCCCCGAGAAAAGCUGAACCCUCCAACACCAAGCAUCUAUCUGGAGAGCAAGAGGGACGCCUUCUCUCCGGUUCUGCUUCAGUUCUGCACCGACCCCAAAAACGCAGUCACCGUAAUCCGAGGUCUCGCCGGCUCACUCCGCCUUAACCUCGGCCUUUUCUCCACUAAAUCCCUGGUCGAGGCCAAUUCGGACCACGCCGUGGAGGUGAGGACUCAGGUUCAGCAGCCCGCCGACGAAAACUGGAACCCAAACAGCUCGCUGCAGACGUGGCCCUGUGAAAGCAGCCGCUCGCACACCACCAUCGGCAAAUACGCCCAGUACCAGGCCUCCAGCUUCCAGGAGAGUCUGCAGGAGGAGAAGGAGAGCGAGAAUGAGGAGGAGGGCGAGCAGACCUCAGAGCCAUCAGGGACAACGAAAGCUGCCCUGUCGUUGGACAGCGGCAGAGGCAAUCCCAGCCCAGCAACAAACAAAUCCAGCUGCAAUCCUGCCAUCGGCAAAGACCAGCCAGUUAAUGCCACUAGCACACUCAGCCCAGAGCAGAAAAGUUCCAGAAAGAUCAUUAAAUUCGGGACCAACAUCGAUCUCUCCGACCCUAAAAGGUGGAAGCCCCAGCUUCAGGAGCUGCUGAAGCUGCCAGCUUUCAUGCGAGUGGAGUCCAGCAACAACAUGCUCAGCCUCGUGGGCCACACCAUCCUGGGCAUGAACUCCGUCCAGCUGUACAUGAAGGUCCCCGGCAGCCGCACGCCAGGCCACCAAGAGAACAACAACUUCUGCUCGGUCAACAUCAACAUCGGCCCCGGCGACUGCGAGUGGUUCGCGGUCCACGAACACUACUGGGAGGACAUCAACAGAUUCUGUGACAAGCACGGAGUGGAUUACCUGACGGGGUCCUGGUGGCCGGUGCUGGAGGAUCUGUACAGCUCCAACAUCCCCGUGUACCGCUUCAUCCAGCGGCCGGGGGACCUGGUGUGGAUCAACGCGGGGACCGUCCACUGGGUCCAGGCCGUGGGCUGGUGCAACAACAUCGCCUGGAACGUGGGCCCGCUCAACUCCUACCAGUAUCAGCUUGCCUUGGAGCGCUUCGAGUGGAACGAAGUGAAGAAGGUCAAAUCCAUCGUCCCCAUGAUUCACGUCUCCUGGAACGUGGCCCGCACCAUCAAGGUCACAGACGAGAACACCUACAAAAUGAUCAAACACUGUCUGAUGCAGUCCAUCAAGCACAUCCAGAUUCUCAGAGACCAGCUGGUAGCUGCGGGGAAGAAAAUCUGUUACCAGGGCCGGGUGAAGGACGAGCCAGCCUACUACUGCAACGAGUGUGAUGUGGAGGUGUUCGACCUGCUGUUUGUGACCAGUGACAACAGCCCCAAGAAGACCUACGUGGUGCACUGUGAGGACUGCGCCCGGGCCAAGAGCUCCAAGCUGGAGGGCGUCGUGGUGCUGGAACAGUAUCGGAUCGAGGAGCUGAUGAGAACCUACGACAGUUUCGUUCUGACUCCAUCACCGCCUUCAAAGUGAGGACAUCACGCAUCUUUCAGCCAUAACCAAAACUCUAACGGCACUACAGAUGUCGUCCUCCAGGCAAACUGCUCUGCAAACACUUUCUCAAUCAGCCAAUCACGUUUACUCUGUAUUGUUUACAUCACACAAUAAGGUAUGGAUACUCAGCCAGUCCAACUAUAGCUCACUGUCUUCCCCAUACCAGCUGCAGAUUGGACCUGUGUUUUGAAAUAGAAUGACUAGACUGGUUCCUCUCAUGAAAAGCAUUUCAGACAAGUGGAGACAAAAAAAGAAGGAAAGAAAGAACACAAAAUCAAUGUGAGCACUGCUAGCACUGAAGAUCAGGUUAUAUAUUUUCAACGGAAACUGCUGUGAUUCAAAAAAAGCGUCAAGUAGCCGGUUCUGUGUAAUGAUUCAGGUACUUUUAUGCAAAUUCAAGUAGACUUUUUUUACACCAAUCUAGUUAUUCUAUAUGUCCAUGAAUUUGCUGUGAUUCUAUUGUACCAGCAGGGGAAUCGCUUCACAGGAGAAGUAGCUGAUUGUCACGUUAAGCAUUGUAUUGGUUCCUGUUUUUGUUUGGUAUUUCAGGUUAACUCUGACAUCUGUAAUUCCUGUCUGUAAACUCUUCGAGGUGCUAUUCCAAUCUUAUUUAUUCUCGUUAGAUACUCUUAAAAAGUUUUACCAGCCUAGAAGUACACCACAUUGGCCUUGUGAACUGUAUUUAGAGGUAAUUAGAUGGUAAAAAAAAAACAAACACGACUACGGUUUUAUGUAAACAUUAGAAAAUUAUACAAAAAGUUUUCUGAGUUUCUCUAAAAUACGGGUUUACCAGAGGACUAAUAUGGUUUCACUCUUAGUUGGAAAUCAACUCUGUAAAGGAAAAAAUCUGACUUUUUUACGCUGGCUUUUUCCCAAGUCCAGCCAAACGGUGGUUAAAUGGUUUGUAUGAUACACAUGACAACAGACAUACUGUAGUGUGGUUUUUACUUUUUUGAAUGGGGAAGAAAUCGGUCCCAGUUUUAUACCUCCUUGUGUUGCAAUGCUCUUGUUUCUAGACAACAGAGAAAACUAAAUAACUGUAAAUUGUGAAUGACUCUAUGGGAUACACAGUGGUGUGCAUAGACAGAGGCGCAGAGGUGUGGGGGGGAGGGGCACGCUGUAAAGUAAGGUGCAAAAAAUUAACACAAUCACAAACUUCUGAGGCUAAAAUUAUGCCCUGAACAUCUGGCCA